AUGUCUACAUCAACACCGGCACUUGCCCGGAUCGAAGUCAAUGGAGUGAAACUGGCCUACCGCGAGUCCGGGGAGGGCGAGCCCCUUGUUCUCGUCCACGGACAUCUAUCCGACUAUCGCUCUUGGUCGUCCAUUGAAGCCAAACUGGCGACCAAUUUCCGUGUGUACAACUACAGCAGACGUUUCGCCUGGCCCAAUGAACCAAUACAAGACGGCGAGCCUCAGCCCUGGGAGCAGGACGCACUCGACCUAGCCGCCUUCAUCGAGGCCCUCGGCAUCGCACCGGUCCAUGUCCUGGGAAACUCGUCAGGUGCCUUCAUUGCCAUCUGGCUGGCCCGAGCCAGACCACAGCUCUUCAGGACUCUCCUGCUCGAAGAACCGCCCCUCAUCACUCUCUUCCUCCCCAGCCUCCCACCCAGUCUGCUGUCCGUUCUCUCCUUCCUGCUCUGGCAUCCGAUCUCUUUCUGGCCCGUCAUGGCCUUCGGUGCCACCACGGUCUCACCCGCAACGACUUACAGCAAACAGGGUGAUUAUGAGCGCGCCAUCUCCACGUUCGGGAAAGGAGUCCUAGGCACUAACUUCUGGUCUCGCGCCCUCACCGACGUCAACCGCAAGCGUCAGAUCGACGACAACGCGAAGAUCCUCUGCCACUUCCUUCGGUACAACGCCAUGCCAAAAUUCCAGGUGCCAGACGCGCGGGAAAUCCGGACCCCGACGCUCGUGAUUACGGGGAUUGAGGGUCCGUGGUCGCAGCAGUGCAUUGACGCUGAGCUGAUCCGUGUUUGUGGCGCGAGGAGAAAGACGGAGGUGAAGAUCGAGGGCGCAGGGCAUGUCGUGCACGAAGAUAACCCGGAGCAGGUGUAUGAGCAGGUGGUGAGGUUUGUGUUAGAGGACAAGGCUGUCUAG